AUGCAUCCUCUGACUGAAUUUUUCCUUUUAGAGUAUGGAGAUUAAUAUAUCGCAUCAGCUAAAAUGGGAGGUCCUCCAGAUUCUAUGCAAGGGAUAGAGAAAGCAAACUAGAAAAGAUUUGUUAAAUAUAAGAUUCAUGACAAUCCUCAACUCUGGGAUCUUUCAGUCCUAAUCAACAUCUUUUAUGACCAUUAUGAAGAAAUUUUCUCUGAAGAUUUCCCCAGUCCUAAAGCCAAGACUACGCUGUUAAACAUCAAGGAAAUCAGGAACAAAAGAGCUCAUGAUAGUCCCAUCAACGCUAGAGAAGCUUACAGAUUAGCUGAUUAUGCCUAGUAAUUCUUUGAACUCACAUAAUACCAAGAAAUCAUUUAAGAAUUUAAUUGGCUUCGACUCUAAUCUUUGGAGGUACUCUUUAAUGAGGAGAAAGAAAAAAUUAAUCACGGCACAGCCUUAACCUAGAUUCAACAGCAGCAAUCUUAUCCUUAAUAGAAUAUAGAUACUCAGCAGUAAAAUGUAUUUUAGGGAAAUCCAAAUGCAGUAAUUGGUAGUUAAAAUAAUUUCAUCUAGCCAGGAAUGUAACACAUUCAGCCAUAAGCAGUGGAAAGUAUUCAUUAUAAGUAUCCAGGAAGCAGGGAAAGCAGCUAGUAGGACAAAAUGAUUUAUAACACUGAUUUUAUUCUGUAAUAAUAGCAACAAUCGAAACAUUCAAGUAAUGGAUUUCAAAGAGACAGAGACAUGAAAUAGCACACCUCAAUUGGAGAGUUUGAGAUUAUAUCUUGA